AUGGCAGCAAAACCACACUACACACGUCCGAUGCGGAGUCAUGCUGGUGCUUCUGAAGAGGAUGUGCGAAAUGAACCGGAUUGGGUUAUAAGUCAUAACCACCGGAUCGGGUUUCGCGAUCGCGAUAAUCGGCAUCCAGCUUAUACACAUAUUGGCGAUGACUGGGUUCCGGAUCAGGAGCAGGAAUUUCUAGCUCAAGCAAAGAAACAUGAGGGUGAGCUCAAGAAAAAGCUGGUGGAACACGAUCUGAUCAAUGUGCGCGAUUACAUGGACAAGCAAGAGGACUAUCAUUUGAGGUUACCUCAAAAUCACCCACGGGGCUGGCGCUACGUCCUUCAUACUACAGAAGACUUUAUAAAGUACCAGCAGGAUUGGCCUGCCAACGUGAGGAGACGUCAGCUCGAGGAAGAACAGAAGAAGAAUGAGAAGCAGAAAGAAAACGACACCCAGGAACCACAGAACGAACAUGAAUGGAGACGAGGUCGCGGUGAGAAUGUGACUCACAAAGAAGCACAUGCCACAGGCCAAAAACACCCUGACGAUGCCAGCGAGGGGAGGGAGAAAGACCAGGGACAGGGUCCGCAGGAGAAGUAUUCACCGCAGGAGCUCUCUUUACUGCGCCUGCUAGAAUCGGAGAGCAAUUACAUUAAGACGCUGAAACAGAACGAUGGUAAGGUCGAGUCUCCCGCCGAUUUAGCAAAAGAUAAGGAGUUGUCCAUUAAUGAGGAUGACCAAUUCACCCCCGACAACUGGAUCCCCCGAUCUUCCCACCUUAUCCGCCUAACCGGUAAGCAUCCGCUUAACGGUGAGCCAGAGCUGCAAGCCCUGUACGGAGCGGGUCUCAUCACUCCAAACUCACUACAUUAUGUUCGCAACCAUGGCGCUGUGCCCCAUCUGCUAUGGGAAACCCACCAACUCGAGAUAGAGGCGGGGAAACUUGUCUUAUCGAUGGACGACCUCGCAAACAAUUACGAAAAUAUCAACAUUGCAGUAGCGUUGGCAUGCGACGGCAACCGGAGGAAAGAGCUAAAUAUGAUACGGCGCUCAAAAGGCUUCAAUUGGGGGGCUGGGUCCAUUAGCUGCGCGUUCUGGAAAGGCCCCCUCCUACGGGAUGUGCUUCUGGCCGCUGGCAUUCGGGUCCCUGAUCCACACCACGGAUCCCGCCCACGUUGGGUCCAUUUUGAAGGUGCUGAUGAGCUAAGGGAGGGAAGAUACGCGACAUCCAUUCCAUUGGAAUAUGUUAUGGACUAUGAAAACGACGUGAUUUUGGCAUACGAAAUGAACAACGUGCGACUGCCACCGGACCACGGGUAUCCAGUGCGCCUAAUAGUCCCUGGCUACAUCGGUGGCCGUUGUAUCAAAUGGCUCCAGAGGGUCUGGGUCUCUAACAAGGAGAAUGAUAGCCAUUUUCAUAUCUGGGACAACAGGGUUCUGCCUAGUUUUAUUUUGGAUAAGGACUCGGAGUUCUCACACAUCAUGUUCAAUCACCCAAGCACGGCCUGCAAUGAGCAGAAUCUCAACUCAAUUAUCACCAGACCUGCACAUGGCGAGGCUGUUCCUUUAUCUGAUGUGAAUAAGGAUCGGACUUACCGGAUAGCAGGCAUUGCAUACGAUGGUGGCGGUCAUGAAGUCCAGAGGGUGGAAGUCAGUCUCGACGGUGGGCAAACUUGGUUGUACUGUGUCCGCAAGUUCCCUGAAUACCCUAUCCGCCAUGGAAACAAAUUUUGGACCUGGCUCCAUUGGUAUGUGGAUGUGGGAAUGCCGCAUCUUGUUCGAGCCGAGAGUAUCAUCGUCCGCUGCUUCAAUGUUUUCAAGAACGCGCAGCCAAAGGAGCCCAUAUGGAACAUUAUGGGGCAGGUCUCCACCACUACAGUUUGA